UUCUUGAAAUGCCCCCAAAAGUUCAAUCUUGAUGCUUCCAAGUUCACUCUCUAGCACCAACAAGUACCACCCACAAAAGAGCCUUUAUAGCAGAUAGAAUAAAAGAAAUGCUAAUGAUAAACUCCACUAUUUCACCACCUGUGCAAAAAGCUGUACUUGUUCCAGCUCAAAUUGCAGCAAGUGGUAAAAAUGCCUGUUAUCUUGCUUUACAUGGAGGGUUUGGCUCACAAUCAGUUUCUUUUCACUUCCCAAGAAGAUCCAUCAAGAGAAGUUCAAUUAAGCUGCAGAUUGUCACAAGGAAAAUAGAACCAUUCUCACUUUUGGUUCCAGAGGAAGUCGAUGAAUUGUCACAGAAAUUUCUGAAUGGUGGAGAUCUUACUAUUAAUAGAGGACAGAUUCUUUCUCUGUCUGCUUUCUCAUGUGGGUCUAUCUUCUGGUUGACGUCUGGACAAGUGGCAUCAGCAAGUGGAGCUGUCAGAGUAAACAUGGUUUAUGAGGUCGGAGAGUUAUUUGAACUUGGAAUCCAACUUACUUACCUUCUUUUACUACUAGCAUUGCUUGGGGUUGGAAGCUUCUUUGUGAUUCGGCAAGUCCUUGUCCGCAGAGAGCUUGAUCUUUCUGCCAAAGAAUUGCAAGAGCAAGUUAGAAGCGGUGAUGCCAGUGCAACAGAGCUUUUUGAACUAGGAGCUGUGCUGUUGAGGCGAAAAUUCUACCCAGCUGCUAUCAAAUACCUGCGUCAGGCAGUAGACAAGUGGGAUGGAGAUGAUCAGGAUCUUGCCCAAGUUUACAAUGCCCUUGGUGUCAGUUAUGUACUUGAUGGGAAAAUUGACAAAGGAAUUGCUCAGUUUGAAAAUGCUGUAAAAGUUCAACCAGGUUAUGUUACGGCAUGGAACAAUCUUGGUGAUGCGUAUGAGAAAACCAAAGACUUAACAUCUGCUCUAAAAGCAUUUGAAGAGGUCCUUCUUUUUGAUCCUAAUAACAAAAUAGCUCGUCCUAGGCGCGACGCGUUGAAGGAAAAAGUAACGAUGUACAAAGGAGUAUCGGUGAAAUCUAAGAAGACUUGAUAUAGCGAGCUCGUUAGUGCUUUUACACUCUUGUGCUGAUUAUCUUUUGAGGAGCUUGCUUUUUUUUUUUU